AUGGCUCUUAGUAUGCUAAGGAGGUCCAGGGGUAAUCCAGAAAUGGUUGAACCACCAUCAGACCAGACGGGUCUUUUCUCACUGUCUUUUGCUACAUUUAGUUCUUCCAGGAGUGUCAAGUCACAUAAUGCUUCUCAAUCUUUAGCUAGUUUUUCACCUGCCGUUGCAACAUUUUAUGGGGAUCCCCAUGGAGCAGGCAGCACUGGAGGAGCUUGUGGAUAUGAAGAUGCUGUGGAGAAGCCACCUUUCUUAUCACUGGAAAUGAAGCUUCAUUUAAGCAGGGCAAAGGCUGUGGAAGUUGCUAUUUGUGCGGCGGUUCCUGCGGCGGUGAAUGGUGAUCCUGUUCAUUUUGAUCCAAGUGGAACUGCUUUAGGGACUUUGGCAAAGCGUUGCCAAGCAGAUCAAUUGCUGCGCAGUGCCAGCAGGAUCAAUAUUCUUUAUCAAAGGUUAAUUAGUGCUUCCUUUUUAUGUUAA